CAUUCACUGUGUUUUGAUUAUACUUGAUUAUCAUUUAAAAACAUUUAUAUGUCUUUUGCAAAACUUGUGUAAAGUUCAAAGGUCAAUGUCACAGUCAGAGAUCUAAUAGCAUGCAAUCGAUUAUGUAUGUGAAUUAUUUCUGGCUAAUCUGUACAAUUUUGUAAUGAUCAAAUACAUAAGCAUUUAUUAAAGGAUAAACAUACUUUUCAGAAGGCAUCUUUCAUCGGGUUGAUAGUAAACAAGCCUUUCAAACAAAAAUGUGCGUGAGGAAAAGAUGAUAGACAUUUAAAUAUCUACCGCAAUGAAAGACAUCCACAAAAUCAAAAUAAAGAUCAAGGUUUUGAGUCCGCAUCAUAAAGGUCAAGGUAUGACCUUUAAAGUUUCCAUCUUGAAGGUCAAUGUCCCCAGCUUAAAGGUCAAGGAAACACAUUUCAAACCCUAUCUUGGUUUCAACAGUAUUUAUUCAUUUGACAAUAACACAUCAGCAUAUUACAAGUAUACAGAACAAAGGGAUCUGAGAGAAAGCUUAGAGGACAUUCUGUUACCGAGAUGAAAGAUGUCAAGAUACGAUGAAGAUUUGUAUGACAACCCAUUUUUCAUCUAUUUGGAAAAGCAACUGAAACCUCUCUUCGACAAAGCUGCAAGUAACAGAUGGAUAGUCUGUAUUCCAAGGUAUGCGGCAGUGAAGGACGAAAAGUUAUCCCAGUCUGAUGGUGAAGACCACAUACUUGUCCCCUCUCCUGGGAGUGAAUCUGCUUUUUCCACUGUCUCUAAACAUACUGUGACAGUUCAACAAGGAGUGAUUGUCCUGGGUAAUGGUUUUAAACACAAAAAGAAGGUUGAGAUUCUAUUUGAGGAGACCUUUUUCAACUCGAGUGAUGAGAGCUACCGCGUAUUGUGUGUCGGAGAGUUGUUCAAUAGGGACAAAAUUGCUGAAAACAAAGACAAGGACUCUGUUGACUACAGUCGUCCACCAGCCACAUACGAAGAAUGCUACAAAAUUCUUUGGGGAAUUACAGGAAGCACAAGAACGAAGGAGAGUUUGGACAAAGUACUGCUGACUUUCUGCGCGGAAUACCAAAGGUUUACUGGUGACAUUACUCCAAGCCUGGUGGACUUGGUAACUGGACAGGUCACAAAAUCUAUGCAGAUAGUUCUCAAAGAUCAAACUAUUAAAAGGAACAUAAAGCAGUAUGAUAUGUACAUGGCCAGCCUGAAACUUUCAGUUGAGAUGUACUUCAUGAAUGCAGUCCACAAGCACCUGUUUGCCACAAUCACAAACUGCGUAAGAACGACAGAUGCUAACUUGAACAAGAUGAAUCGCAACCUGGUUGACGUGCGUCUCGAACACCUAGAUGUGCGCCCAGAGUAUGAUCAGAAUCUUCCGGCAGCUCGCAAGGAACUGUCCAUGUUGAAUCAAUAUAGUACGCCACUUGGAAGGUUGCUCUGUUUGAAGAGGGUCAUAACAGCUCUUCUUCGACCAAUCAAGGGGCAGGAAAAUGAUGGAAGUCUAAUGAUUACGACAGAUGACCUGCUACCAUUACUCAUCUACCUUGUUAUAAAGUCACCAAUCAACAACUGGACAGCCAACCUGAUGUACAUGAAACACUUUCUGUUGUCCAGGGUCACAGAGACUGACGAGUUCAGUUUCUACCUGGCAACAACUGAAGCUGCUUUGGACUACAUUCCUUCUGGGAAUCUUACAACAAACACAAAGCCAACAGUCCCAAGACGAGAGCCUGGCUACACGAGGCAAGGAUCCACCGGGUCUCUCACCUCUACCAAGGAAAAGUUCUUCCAGUAUGUGCAAUAUGGGGAUGAGGCUGCAGUUAAGAUGAUGUUGAAGAAACCCACAAGUGAGGCAGACAACAUUUUGUCCAAAAUGUGCCAUCCACUGUGUACCUGUGAAAAAUGUGCAGAGUUACAGAGCAAGUCCUCACAGAAUUCAGGGGCUGUUACUCCAAUUGUCAGAGAUGAUAUGGGGCGCACUGCCCUUCACCUUGCGGCAUUCUAUGGUCAGGCGGGCCUAAUUGAUAUUCUUGUGAAGUUAAGAUGUCUCACAGAUGCCUCAGACUACCUUGGAUGUACUCCGCUACACAUGGCCACCUUAAAGGGACACCAAAACGUCAUAUUGCUGUUGGUCCAUUUUGGAGCAGAUAUCAGUGUCGCAGACAAUGAAGGAAACACACCCCUCCAUCUGUGUGCAAAGAAUGGACAUGAGGAUUGUGUGAAAGCGAUCCUUUUCCUGGACAUAUUGAAGAGUCGACUGAACGUGAACGCCCAGAAUGACAUGGGAGAUACUCCACUACAUCUAGCAGCCAAGUGGGGAUAUGAGGGGAUUGUGAACUUUCUUCUGGAAUCUGAGGCUGACCCCAGAGUUCGCAACCGUAAACGUCAGACUCCACUCAACGUGGCCCAAAACCCUGACAUCAAGAAAGCCCUGCAGAUUGUGCUAGAUGACCCUCCACCAUUGAUCUACAGGCACCCAGAGUCCACCAUCAAACCAGUACAUUAUUCCAAAGGAACUGUUACACCUAAUCCAAAAAACACCAUCCCCACCCUGUCCCCAGCUCCAACCCCUAAUGGUCAAGAUGACCAGUCACCCGAGACCCCGCAUGGCUUUGAAAUUGUGGAUGUUAGAGACAGAUCCCCUGUUCAACUGGUAGAUAACUCCAGUAAGGAAAUGAUGUCACCAAGAACUCCAGUAGUUGCCUCCCUUGAUCAGGCAGAAAACACACGGCAAGUAGAGAAAUUGUUCAAGGCCAUAGCUGCAAAGGAUAUUGAACUGGUGAAAUACCACUUUGGCUGGAUGGAUUCUGACACCAGUGAGAGUCCAUCUCCAAUAUCCAGACAGGCGACGGCCUCAGAUAAAAUGUGUCACCCACUAUGCCAGUGUGACAAAUGUCUAGAUAUUCAAAAGCAUUCCAACAUGAAUUGUGUGUCCAUUAACUGCCAGAGCAAGAGAGGAUUUGCCCCAUUGCACACGUGUGUUAUAGAGAACAAUCUAGAAGUGUUUACGCUACUGUUGAAAAAAGGAGCAUUCGUUAACAUACUGACAAACAAACAUAUUACUCCGCUACAUCUCGCAUGCCAUCAUGACCGGCCUCAGAUGGUGCAGUUGUUAUUGCAAUGCGGGGCGGAUGUAAACCUACAGGACCAAUAUGGAGAGUUAGCCCUACACCUUGCGUGUGCCAAGUCUAGUCCAAAUGUAGUACAACUGCUUAUAAAGAAAAACAGCAGACUUGACGUAUGCAACACAAAUGGCAACACGCCUCUCCACCAUACUGCAAUACGAGGCUGUUUUGAGUCAACCAAACUCCUGCUUCAGAACGGUGCCAGACCGGACGUUGUCAACAAACACAACCAUUCACCACUGGAUGUGGCAAAGAGUGAAGAAGUCAGACAACUUUUGCUUAAAGAAUUAGAAACACUUCCCCCUAUAUCGGAGAAAUCGGACACUAAAAACGAAGAUAUUUUUAACCAUGGAGGUUUGAACACUGUUCAUAAAGGUACUUUUGGCACUUUAAACAAGCCAGCAGACGGAGGCAGGCACCAGUCAUCUGAUCCAAAACUUUUAAAUCAAUCGUCUACUACUAGAUGCCAUUCUCUACACAAAAGUAGAACUUUUGACGGUGGGCCAGUAAUAACGCCGGAUAGAGAAAAUUUAAGUCUUUCAAUAAAAACUUUUGACAAACAAAGGAAACUUAAAAGGUCUAAGACCUUUGACCAUAGCUCGCCAAAUAUAGAUAAUCCUGAAUUAAAAUUGUCGUUAUCAAUUCAGCACUUUGAUAAAGUGAACAGUUUAAGACAUGUUGAAAUUACGGAUAAAAGUCGUGCUAUGUUAGAGCAAUUGAAAUUGCCACUAGAAAUUCAGCAUUUUGAAACCGGGACUCUGAAACACGUGGAGCCAUUAGAUAAAAGUAGUCCCAUGUAUAUUUAUGAAAUAAGUCGUGAUACAAGUUGCUAUAGCGAUUACUGUGAUACUCCUAUGGUCGAAAAAACAGAAGAGUUCCAAUUCAAGGGAGAUAAAUUUGUUGACAAGUGUAGUAACACUGAUUCAGAUCAAUCAACAGUUUCAAAAGAAAAUAUAACAGGAGAAUCAGAAGUGUGUGAAACACCAGAUGAUACUUUAUUUGAACAUUCAAGAACUGGAGAUCAUGUUGAUGAGUUGCAGCAUGGUAGAGCGGUCACUAAUAGUAGUGAAUUAAAAAAUGGCGGUGAUGAUAUAGAUGCAUUUUUAAAAGAACGUGAUACUACAGACAAAGUGCUAUAUGAACCGAUAUCUUCCAUUAAUUCUAGUAUGGAUUUGCCAGAUGAAGAUAUUGAAAAUUGCACCUGAAACGUUUGUUUCAGUGCGAACAUUAAUUGACCAAAAUAAUUGUAUAAUCUGUAAAGGAAAUCAAUAAUGUGUCGUGGAUUGUUUAUGGAUAUACUAUUUCAAUUAACUGGUUUUUAAUCAAUAAAUGUUAUCUUGUUGUAAACCUUAAAGUUCAUAUGCGUGAGUCCAACCAUAGGUCUUUGCCUAACCGAAUUAAGAUACCAGAACUGAUUUCUACUAUCAA